AUGGAUCCCCAUGAUCUGGGCUCCCCUCAUCUCUUCAAUGCCGACCCCCCAUCGGACCCUGCCGUGCAGACAGAUGGCAGCCCCCAUUGUUGCCACUUCCACUUCAGCCCCAAAGUAAUGUUCACAAAGGUGCUGAAGGCCCAGCUGUGGGUGUACUUGAGGCCGGUCCCCCGCCCUGCCACCGUCUACCUGCAGAUCCUUCGCCUGAAGCCCCUGGGUGGGGAAGGAACCACAGGAGGUGGGGGUGGGAGUGGAGGCGGGGGUCGGCGCCACAUCCGGAUCCGAUCCCUCAAGAUUGAGUUGCACUCCAGAUCAGGCCAUUGGCAGAGCAUCGACUUCAAGCAGGUGCUGCACAGCUGGUUCCGGCAGCCUCAGAGUAACUGGGGCAUCGAGAUCAACGCCUUCGAUCCCAGUGGCACUGACCUGGCUGUUACGUCCCUGGGGCCAGGGGCUGAAGGGCUGCACCCAUUUAUGGAACUUCACGUGCUGGAGAACACCAAACGCUCCAGGAGGAAUCUGGGCCUCGACUGUGACGAGCAUUCGAGCGAGUCCCGGUGCUGCCGAUACCCACUCACCGUGGACUUUGAGGCCUUCGGCUGGGACUGGAUCAUCGCGCCCAAACGCUACAAGGCCAACUACUGCUCUGGCCAGUGCGAGUACAUGUUCAUGCAGAAGUACCCGCAUACCCACCUGGUGCAGCAGGCCAAUCCCCGAGGCUCCGCUGGGCCCUGUUGUACUCCCACCAAGAUGUCCCCCAUCAACAUGCUCUAUUUUAACGAUAAGCAGCAGAUUAUCUACGGCAAGAUCCCCGGCAUGGUGGUGGAUCGCUGUGGCUGCUCUUAAGGUGGGGGAUGAGAGGGACCCUCUCCCCCACAAACCCCCCUGGAUCCCCAGCCCUGACCCCUCCCCCCUAACCCAGGCCCUGGAGCUCCCCCCUCGACCCCUCUUAAAGGAAAUUCCCCAUCCCACCCCAAGCAGUGUGCAAUACAGCCGAGGAAGGUAGGGGAUAGAGACAAAGAGGGGUGAGGGAUCUGUGGGGGAAGGAGAGGAGGGCAAUGGGCAAGUUGGGGGACUGUUUGGGAUUUGCAGGUGAGGGUGUGUGGAAAAGAAGAGAUAGAGGGAGAGAGUGAAGUAGACAGAGAAUAGAGACAGGCAGGAGGACAAGGAUAGAAGAGUUGUAAGCAGGACAGAGGGAGGAAAGAGGCAGAAGAGACUAGGCAGAGAGGAAGUCAAGUGAGAAACAUAGGGACGGAUAGGGACAGAGAGUGAGCCUCACACCAAGUCUUUUUUUUCUUUGGCCUGGUGAAGGGUUUGGGGUGACAUGGGGCAUCCCGUGCACCGUGGCCCAUCUAGGAGGAAAUGGGCAAUUAAACUCAGGCCCAGAUUUCCCUCCUUCUCAUAGUGGACAACAAGGUCAGGGGGUAGGAAUUGGGGAUGGCAAAGAGUGGGAAGGAUUUUGACGUUUUAUUUAUUUAUUUAUUGUGAUUUUUCAUUUCUGGUGUUUGGCUUUACAUGAAGGAGAUUCCACCUCCCCCUCCCCACCCCUUUCCACUGUGCCCUACUUUACUCCUUAAACUAGGGAGCCCGGCUGGAAGCACCCCAAUACCCACCCACUCAAGCACUUGUAUAAAACAUCCAGGGUUGGGAACUAGGGGCAGAGGGAGUCCAAAUAUGUUCCCCUACAAAUCUCCCUUUCCAAUUUAACCGUACAUAGAGCCAGUGGUUCUAGGCAGUCAGGCCCAGAAAGGAGAAUGAGGGGGUGGGUCAUAUGGGAGGGAGGAGAGAGGAGCAGAACCACAUUCAGGUCUGAGCGUUGCAAGAGACUCCAAGAUGGACCCUUUCCCAGUCCAGUGAUGACGGAGCAGUGUGCACAAAUGCCCCCUAGCUAAGAGAGACCAAAGAGCCUGUGGUAUCCUUCCCCUUGCCAUUUUCAGGUCAGUAAAAGGAGGGGGCCAUAGCUUGAAACUAGAGGGUCCCCUGAGUAGUCUGUCUUGAGGGAAAGAAAACAGGAGCUGGUAUCCGGGAGAGUAUAGGCUGGGAGGGUAGUGGUGAUUCUCACCCAAGGCUUUGAAAUAAAAAAUGACUGCCCUGGGCUGAGAUUGGAGAGUAGCAGACCAAGGGAAGGAGGAAUUCUAUGGAAAGAGAAGUAUUCUGAGACCCACAAGCUCAGGGCAAGCAAGGAAGGGGGGAAACAAGAGAGUAGUUAUUUGAAUCAUGAUUUUUAUCUUUUUUUUUUGGAAGUGUACACAUCCAAAAGCAAGCCUGUGUGGUGGUAGGGGAUAAUGGAGGAUGAUGACAGCAGACAGCAGGCUAGUUAAAGUGGAGGAGGGAGAGAUGGGUUCCAAGGGCAAGUCAUUCUCCUGUCCCUUUCCCCAAUUCCUAACUCUGCACUCCCUUCCAGUCUCCCCUUCUCUCCCCUUCCCUCCCCCCUAAUGCCUCGGUUCCCUCCUCUUGGUGGAACAGAAGCAGCAAGCAGCUGAAGCAAAGAGAUGAAUCCUGAGCACUUACCACGGGCACUUUACGGACAUGAAAUACCUCUCUAUAUUUGGGGGAGCAGGGGCGGAGGGUGGGCCAGGGCAAAUGCUGGAGGAAUGAAGUCGAAGGCCACAGAAGUCUGGUGGGUGAGGAAGUAGUGUAUGGUGAGGAAAGGGAUGGGCCCUCAACAAGGUGAGAGGAUUCUCCAGGACUUGGGUUCAUCCAAUAUUGCCUCUACUGGUCUAUUUUUCAUCUAGGAUUCCUGGGGCUCUCUCUGGUCUUGUCGAAGGGUAGAGAGAUGUUAAGUGGAGUAGGCAAAGCUCCGAGUGGUCACAAUUGUGACCAGCAGGAGCCUUAGAGGGCCAAAGUCAAAGGCACCAGGAAGACUUAAAUGUUUUUGGGAAGUUUACUCAAAAGGCCCAAAUUCUAGCCUGCCUUAGGGAGGGGAUGAUGGAGGCCUUGGUAUUCUUUUUCCCAUUCUCCAGAGGGGUGGGUCAAUGUCUCCUUCACCCUACCUCCCAAUCUUGGCAGGUUCUCCAGGCUUGCCCCUCCAGCCCUGUUCUUUAAUUUCUUAUCACUCUAAUCCCAAGAAAAACUAUCCCCGUCCCACCACCACUCCACAUCCCUGGUGGGGAGGGUAGAACCAGAGAGGUCAAGAUCAGAAGAUGACUCCUCCAAAAUUAAACACUUGAUCUCAGGCCCAGGGGCCAGGCAAAGGGCAGGGGCAUCAUUUGACCUCCCAAUAUAGGUUCUAAGGGAAACUGGAGCCUUGAACUUGUGGGGGAUACUUAGAAGACACCCCCAUUCCUACCAAAUAAAGACCUUGGGGGAAUCUAAGGCUCCUUCUCUUUUGGACACAAACCUAUUGAGUCUCAACCCCUGUCCCCCCAAAGAGGUUAUUAGAGACAGGGCUCAGAGACACAGGAGCCAGGGAAUGCUACCCUGCUUCAAGUAUGGACCAAGCCAGUGCCCCCUUUGAACAUAUCAUUAUAAUUAUUAUUUGCUUUUGUGUAUAUGUCACACUGUGUACGUGAACAACUUUGUUUCUGUAUCGGUCAUCUGAAGGCUGGGGUGUAUAAGGGAGAAGGGAUGUCAGGGGGCAUAGGGAGGCCUUAAAAGAAUUACAGAGGACUUGACCAAACAGUCUCCCAAAGGAUGCACGGAAAUGAAGACAUGGGGCAGUUUCUGAGUUAAGUGACAUAGGACAGAGAUAGCCAUUGGCCCUUUUUGGGGUUUUUAAAAAAUGUUCUUUGGCAUUUUUUGGGGUGGUCACAUGACCCAAUCUAGCACUUGAACCUGAAAGAAAAAAUAAAGUUAAAGAGUUUAGCAUUGAGCUCUCCUCCUCCUAUAGCCAAAUGAGCUAGAAGGG